AAGAUUUCAAAACUGUGAAAAUUUGCCUUCUAAUCAUGGAUAAUGUUUCUGUUGUAAGAGUUUUCACUCUCUCAGGGAUAAACGAAACAAUGAAUUACAGAAUCGCUAUCUUUUCAAUCACUUUACUGUAUUACUGUCUGAUUUUGUUUGCCAAUAUCACCGUCAUUAUGAUCAUCAUCUUCGAUGAAAACCUGCACGAACCCAUGUACAUCUUAUUGUGCAGUUUUUGCAUGAAUGGACUUUAUGGGACCACAGGUUUCUACCCCAAAUUCCUCGUAGAUCUGUUGUCUUCUUCUUCCCAAAUCUCAUAUGAAGGAUGUCUUUUACAGGCUUUUGUCAUGUACUCAUUUGCUUGCUGUGAAUUAUCCAUUCUAGCAGUUAUGGCUUACGACAGAUAUCUGGCUAUAUGUCGACCACUUCACUACCUUUCUAUCAUGACUAAGAGGAGGCUCUCUGGGCUGAUAUGUUUCUCCUGGCUAACACCUUUCUGCAUUUUCUCCAUCAGUAUUUUUCUGACAUCUACACUGACGUUAUGUGGUUCAAAAAUUCAGAAACUGUUUUGUGUGAACUGGAUAAUUGUUAAACUUGCUUGCUCUGACAGUGUUUCAAGUGAUAUCCUCUCAUAUGCAACCAUUAUCAUUUAUGUGCUUCACGGGUUUUUCACUGUUUGGACUUAUAUGCAUAUUAUUAGAACUUGUGUGCGGUCCAAAGACGACAGGAUAAAGUUUAUGCAGACAUGUGUGCCCCAUUUAGUCUCUUUAAGCACAUUCCUCGUUGUAAUACUUUUUGAUUUGAUGUAUAUGCGACUUGGCUCCACAGAUUUACCUCAAAGCCUUCAAAACUUCAUCGCUAUAGAAUUUCUGCUUAUUCCUCCUAUGAUGAAUCCUCUAAUAUAUGGAUUUAAACUGACCAAAAUACGAAACAGAAUUUUAGGUUUAGUGUAUGUUGAAAGAAAAAUGACCUCUUCCAUUAAAUGUCAACUCUAAUUUAUGUAUUCUUAUUUUAUUUUAUUUAACAGGGACAAUACAGAUAAACAUGGUUUCA